CAUGACUCCUACCAAGCUUCAUGAUAUUCGUGACUGUGGUAUAUAUCGCAAGUAAAUCUCUGAUCGUGCUGUUGCAAAGUGAUUGUCAUGGCUUCGGAGCGGUACAGUUUCUCGUUAACGACUUUUAGUCCGUCGGGCAAAUUGGUGCAAAUAGAAUAUGCCUUGGCCGCGGUAGCCGCCGGCGCGCCAAGUGUGGGCAUCAAGGCGUUAAACGGCGUCGUUCUCGCUACGGAGAACAAGCACAAGUCCAUCCUCUACGACGAACAUAGCGUUAGCAAGGUCGAAAUGAUUACCAAGCAUAUCGGCAUGGUCUACAGUGGCAUGGGCCCUGAUUACAGAUUACUAGUGAAGCAAGCGCGGAAAAUGGCACAGCAGUAUCUCCUGGUGUAUCGGGAACCCAUCCCGACCGCACAGCUUGUGCAACGCGUCGCGAUGGUCAUGCAAGAGUACACUCAAUCUGGAGGUGUUAGACCCUUUGGAGUGUCUCUUCUGAUCUGCGGUUGGGACAACGACAGGCCCUAUCUGUUCCAAUGCGAUCCGUCCGGCACAUAUUUCGCAUGGAAGGCAACCGCAAUGGGUAAAAAUUUCGUUAACGGCAAAACGUUCCUCGAGAAGAGGUACAGCGAGGAUCUGGAAUUGGACGAUGCCGUUCACACUGCCAUCCUGACGUUAAAGGAAGGCUUCGAGGGACAGAUGACCGCGGACAAUAUCGAAGUCGGCAUUUGCGACGCGAACGGAUUCAGAAAGUUGGACCCAUCCAACGUUAAAGAUUAUCUCGCAAAUAUUCCUUAAGUUUACGAAAAUCUCCUUCUUUUUAAUAUAUUCUCAAAUGUUCAUAAUCGUUCGUAAUGAAUUUAAAUCAGAUUCUUGCAAUAAAUAUCCUACCCAAAGUAACACAACAAA